AUGACAACCAGCGAGCCAUCAGCUGUGACAAGCAAGAAGACUGAGCUGCGUAUUGCACGUUUGCGUGAUUCGUGCCAACGUGUGGGUUAUGUGCUCGUCAAGAAAAACAGGCGGAAGACUCAGUGGCAUGUAUACCAAAAUAUCAAUUCGAAUGCGACAGAUAAGGAAGCUAUAACUUGGGUGUUCUGCAUUCUGCGUGCUUAUCACCUUUGCUUUUGCUGGAAUCUACUCAGUACUUAA